GAGCUGUCCCUGUCAGUAGGUGCUGUGUGUUUUCGUAGCAGCAGCAGCAGCAGCUUCUCCUCCGGUCUACUGACACACCGGAGCGAUGGAGGAAGAGUUGAAAUGCCCCGUUUGCGGUUCCCUCUUCAAGGACCCCAUCCUGCUGCCCUGUUCCCACAAUGUCUGCCUGGCGUGCGCCCGGAACAUCACGGUGCAGACCCCGGACGGAGAGACCCCGGUGCAGAGCCGAGCCUCGGGCAGCUCCGACUACGACUACCUGGACAUGGACAAGAUGAGUCUGUACAGCGAGACGGACAGCGGCUACGGCUCCUACACACCGUGUCAGCUCAAGUCUCCCAACGGGGUGCGGGUGUUCCCACCGGCCCUCCCUCAUCGACACUGCUCCCUCACCUGUCCACUGUGCCACCGGAGCGUCUCCCUGGAUGAGAGAGGGCUCCGGGGCUUCCCUCGGAACCGGCUGCUGGAGGCCAUCGUUUCGCGGUACCAGCAGAACCGCGCCUCCUCCUCCUCCUCCUCCACUUCCUCUUCCUCGUCUUCUUCAUCAUCUUCUUCAUCUUCUUCUAAGGCGGUAAAGUGCCAGCUCUGCGACCGGAACCCGGUGGACGCGUCGGUGAUGUGCGAGCAGUGCGACGUGUAUUACUGCAACGCCUGCCAGCAGCGGUGCCACCCGUCCCGCGGUCCGCUCGCCAAGCACCGCCUGGUUCCACCGCCGAACCAAGCGGCCGGAGGAGCGGCGAGCGGCGGCGGAGGGAGCGGCGGCGCUGGGGGAGGCAGCGGCGGUCAGCAGCCGCCUGCAACCGCGAGGAAACCGGCGACCUGCGUGGAUCACGAAGCGGAAAACUUCAGCAUGUACUGCUGCAGCUGCAAGGCUCCGGUGUGUAUGAAGUGUCUGGAGGAGGGAAAACACGCCAAACACGACGUGAAACCGCUGGCCGUGAUGUGGAAACAACACAAAUGCCAGAUCUCACAGGCUUUGAAUGGAGUGUCAGAGAAAGCUAAAGAUGCCAAGGAGUUCCUGGUUCAACUCAAGAACAUGCUUCAGCAGAUACAGGAGAACGGUGUGGAAUUCGAGGCCUGUCUUGUGGCUCAGUGUGACUCUCUGAUUGAGGCGCUGACCAGACAGAAAGCCAAACUGCUGACAAAAGUCACCAAGGAGAAGGAGUACAAACUAAAGGUGGUGCGUGACCAGAUCACCCACUGCACAAUGAAGCUCCGUCAGACCACCGGCAUGAUGGAAUACUGUCUAGAAGUCCUCAAAGAGAACGAUCCCAGUGGUUUCCUCCAGAUCUCAGACCCCCUGAUCAAGCGGGUGACGUCGUCUCAGGACCAGUGGGUGAAAGGAGCCCUGGAGCCGAAGGUCGGCCCUGACUUUGACCUCACCCUCAACACCGACUCGCUGCUACAGACCAUCCUGCAGCUGGAUUUCUGCCAGGGCAAAGAUGUGCAGGAGAUUCCAUUAUUGAAACAAAGGCAGGCAGCAAACAGUGGUGAGGCUGAGAUGGAGGCAGAGAGCCCAGGAGUGGAGUCUGGACCUUUGGUGCCAGCAGCUCCUCUCCUGCAGCUGGAGAAGUGUUGCACCAGGAAUAACAGCGCCACCUUGGCAUGGAGGGUAACUGUGCCCACCGGCAGCCCCAUCGAGGGCUACAUCCUGGAGCUGGAUGAUGGGAACGGAGGACAGUACAGGGAGGUCUAUGUCGGGAAGGAGACAGUGUGUACAGUGGAUGGACUCCAUUUCAACAGUUCCUACAAUGCCAGGGUGAAAGCCUACAAUGGCAUUGGUGUGGGACCAUACAGCAAGACAGUCGUGCUCAAGACCUCUGAUGUGGCUUGGUUCACCUUCGAUCCCACCUCAGCUCACCGAGACAUCGUUCUAUCCAAUGAAAACCAGACAGUCAGCUGCAACAGCUAUGAUGACCGUGUGGUGUUGGGGACAGCUGCUUUCUCUAAGGGUAUUCACUAUUGGGAGAUUGCCAUCGAUCGCUAUGACAACCACCCGGACCCUGCAUUUGGCGUGGCGAGGAUCAACACCAUGAAGGACAUGAUGCUGGGAAAAGAUGACAAAGCCUGGGCCAUGUAUGUGGACAACAAUCGCUCUUGGUUCAUGCACAACAACUCCCACACUAAUAGGGCAGAGGGAGGCAUCACUAAGGGCUCCAGUGUGGGCGUGCUGCUGGAUCUGAUUAAACAUACACUGACUUUCUAUAUCAACAAGGAGCAGCACGGACCAACUGCCUUUGAGAACCUGGACGGUGUCUUUGUGCCGGCUGUCAGCCUCAACAGAAACGUGCAGGUGACCUUACUGACGGGCUUGGAGGUGCCAAAGAGUAUCAAACAGUAAGCGCUCCUUCCUCCCCCCUGAGCGUGCCCUGGAUACAAACCAACAGUGUCAGAUGCAGCCUCAGUUCAUACCCACAUGGACCUUUUCCAGUAACGUCAGAUGGGAUUUAUCCCUCACCCAUCCUUCUCAAAGUGCCCCUUGUCUUGGACACACUUCAGCUCCAUAAUAUUUGAACUAGGGAAUUAAUGUGAGUUAUUAUUGGCUAUAAAUGCAGAGAUGACUGGAGUUACUGUGGGUUGCCAUACUUCAUUCACAUCUCAGUCUUUUACCUGGGAACACCAGGAUACCAACAACAUGUAUAAUGUUAUGAUUCCAGUUUGUACCAUUCCACUAACUUUAAAAUACAGCAUGAAAUUCCUCCUCAAAGCCUGAGACCAAAUUAACCAUGACACUGACAGAAGACUUCCACACUGUGCAGCAGAAUAAUUCAGUGCUAAAAAUCACGGAAACCAGAAAAUGGUGCUGUUAGAAGAUGAAAAAAAAAUGAGAGGAAUGAUUCAGCAGUACUUCUUGCUGCUCUAGUUCGCUCUCAGGUGUGUUUACAGCCCGCAAGCUAAAAACUAGAAUGAAAACAGCCUUUUGUAGAAGUUGUGUAGUGGCACCAUGGGUUGUUUCACUCAUGAAAUAUUUAAAAACUUUCACCACACACUUUUAUCUCAGUUGCGGCUCCAACAGCUCUGAUAUCUCUGAUUUCUGUGUUUCUUUCUCUGUUAAUUUAAUAGAGAAAUGAUUCUUUAUCUGUGGGUAGGAGUCUGACAGCCAUCUUAGACCCCGUUUACAUGGCAACGUUUCACCUGAAAACACAAAAGUACAUUGUUUGCCUUGUUGGGUUUACACUACAAUGGAGUGGAAAAAAAUCUGUGUUUGCAUUGGAGCAGUGGAAGGACUGAAAACAUUGUAGUAUGCAUAUCAGAAAGAUAGUUGGUGAUGUAACUAGAGGCACACCCCAUGUGACCACUACCCAUUCCUCCACAGACCAGAAGCAGUACAGCCGCCGAUGUAGAGGUGGGCUGCUUAUCUGCCAUAUAUAUUGAACGUGUCUUCGCUGAUUACAGUAAUGGCACAACAAAUGUACACUUUGCUGAAGAAGAUUCAAUAAAUUCAGUACACUCAACAGCACAAGUCCAACAUAGUAGUCUGCCAAGGAAGGCGGAGUUAUGUGAUGAUCAGUGUACGUCUGUCUUUCUCUGAACCUGUCUGUGCACAACAUUACUCAAAAACGGAGUAACGAAUUUGGAUGACAUUUUCAGGGAAGGUCAGAAAUGACACAAGGACCACCUCAUUAGAUUUUGGUAGUGAUGUGGCUUAUAGUCUGGAUCCACGGAUUUGUUAAGGAUUUCCGUAUUACUGCGAGAUAGCAGCAUGGUGUCUCUGUAACUAUGAUUACAAGUGAACACUUUGUCAGCUGCUUGCUGACGAUCACAUGAUGGUGAUCCCUCUACAAACUGACUGUUGUAGACUUACCCAUUGGAAAUGAUACAAGGAACAGUUGAUUAAAUUGUAGGGGUGUUUCCGAGUCCCAUGAAUUCCCGUCACCCGCUACAUAUUUAGGUCAUGCGAUUUGGUAUCCGUACAUAACAUACACAUGCAUAACAUACGCCUGUGCUCAGUGCAACAUCAUUUUGUUUGUGGGUACAUCUAUCUUAAAUCGCCACAUUCUAUGUUGCCGUGAUUUCUGAUCAUCAGUAACUAAUAAAAAAAUGCUGCAUUUCUAUAAAAAUGUGAUACAUUUCUGACAAAGCCAUAUGGGGGAAUGAACAGCCUUGGCUGAGUACUGCGAUCUCUGAGUGCAGUUCUUGUUACUGUUGUCGUCCAGGUUGCGCAUGGCAACUAGAAUUAAGUGUAAUGCACUUGCACAAAGUGGAGCAGUUUCUGUGUAAAUGGGAGGCCGCAACGCAACUGACUCUGUAUCUCAUGUAGUGUUGUACAAAGAUUGAUUGAUGCGGCUGUCAGAAAGAUGAACUCUCUGAGGUCAAACCAAGAAAGACUGAGCUUUAUUCCAUUUCACUUUUCAGUAGAGUGAGAGAUCUACAGAGCCUGGGAGUCACUGUCUGGUUACACUCAUUUUCAUGCCUUCUUGGCAGAUGUCUUGAUGGUAGAAUGAGUUAUCUUGAAGUUGCAUGAUAAUGGCUUUUUAAAGACCCUUUAAAUCCCCCAAAAAUCAUCUCUGUGUAUCAAAGUUACAUAUUUAGAUGUUUCUGUAAGAGUUAGGCUCAGGAUCCAAGUGCAAAGUCAAAAAAAAAGGCCAGGCAAAGUGUGCCCACAAGGAAUUCAUUAAAACAAUUGAACAUGAAUGACAAACUGAGUCUGGGUGAUUGGGGAGACAGGCUUGAGGUUGGGGCCGGCAGGAAAUCUUAGCUGGGGCUUGGACUAUACAGCAGAACAGACUGAGGCUGCAGCAGGCAGGAAAACAAGGACUUGACUUGCAAGCAGAGUUUAUGGUGCUAGAGGUUUAGCAGAGGUGAAUUCUGGCAGUGAGUGAGUCCAGAGAAGGUUUUCAGAGCAGCAGGAAGGAGACAGAGGUAGAUCACCGCAGGCAAAGCAAACAGAAGUUAUCACAGUAGCCAUGGAAGAAGAUAAACUGAUGGCUGGAGCAAGACUGACUGUGUGACAGAGUGGGGAUCUGCAGGCUUUUAUAGCAGAAAAGAAUACUGAGUGAUAGGUGAGCUGGCCUCCUGUGCAGCAAUCUUCACUCCUGCAAUUAACAAAGUCACUCACAAAUCAACUAGACUGAAGUGAAAGACAAUUUUUGAUAGUUCUCUUCCUGCCUUAAAAUGGCUCAGAUGUAGGACUACACUGAUGCUUUCCAGUACAAUGUGCAGAUCUACGAAAUCCCUUCCUCUCUCUCCAACCAUCCUUCUGCUAGCGCAGCAUGAGUGUAAUAGCAAUUUGCAAUAGUAAAUGAGUAAAGAAGUGAAACAGAAAGUUCCACCCUGCAAGAUGACAGGUUUAGUUUCUUUGGUUUAUUGUGUAUGAAACCUCAGAAGCAUGACGAUGUAGCUUGAAUAUUCCCCACAUAUUUCUUUUAGUGUAUAAAUAACACCAUAUGGACCAAGGUAAAAACUGUGAUUUUUGUCGGAGGGGAUCUACAAAAUAGAAUGAAUUUAGUAGUCCGUGUUUUAGUGUUGCAGUUUAUUCCACUAUUUGUGUCUGUGGAGGAAUAAAAAGUGGAGAAUUCCUAGAGACUAGAUGAGAAAAACAAACUUUCAAGCUUAGAAAAUGGUUAAGAAUAGGUGGCAUUUUGGGAAGUGCCCUUAUGAGCUGACUUGCUGACAUCUAGAUGAAAAGAUGAUGACCAGUCUUACCAUUCCACAUCUGAUCAUUAAAUAUGAAGCUGCAGUCUGCAGCAGAAAAAGUCCUGUGCAUGUUGAAGUACUGUGCAAACAUAUGUGGUUAAAGCCGCAUAAAUAGAAACUGACAGGCAUCAAACCUUCCCAGGUAAUAACUUAACUUAGCAGACAGAUGCAGCAAAGUUCUGGUCCUGGUUAAGCCCCUCCAGUUUGCAAGGGGUGACCCUUCCUUCCAAUCAUUUUCACUAAUUUCCAUUGAAAGCAACUAAAUUCGAUAUCUCAACAUAAAUGAAUGAAGUCAGAAAAAUGGUGUAGGAUUUUUUUUCCCCAAGUAAUGUCCCUCAAUUAGCUGUGACGUUCUUAAAUUUUUCUUGAGUGUCAAUAUAUGUUCACUCUUCAUGAGUGAAAUAUUCAACCCUAAGGCUGUAUGUUGCUGCAGGACACUUCUCCCAAAUUUAGCCCGACAUAUUUGACAGUCUUGUAAACUUUUGGAAUACAAUAGAAUUUAAUAUAUUUGAUAAUGUUGCACAAGGGAGUAAAGUUUAAUAGGAGGAAAUACUGCUGCAGUGUUUAAAUGCAUCUUGGGGGCAGUAUUUCCUGCAGCCUCACCCAGACUCUGUAGACUCAAAGAACUGUUUUCAUUUUGAAGGGAUGAUUGUCAGAAAAAUGCUGAAAUGAAAUGGGAAUGGAGCCAAACCUUACUGUUUUGUUUUGUGAGGCCAGUAGCUACUGUAAUACAUCAAAAGUAGAUGACAAAAGUGUGGUUGUCUCAUGGUAAUUUCAUUCUGUGCUCAUCUCUCAGUCUCUCUGUAGAAUCACAGAUGCUUUCAGCAUCUUUAAUGUGUCAGACUGAAAGUAAUCUUCAAAAGUCACAUCAGGUAAAGCUACGUUUCCCGCUGCUUUUCUCAUCAGGGAUUGAUACAGCAGCCUGUAGAGGACAGUAGCUUCAACCAGACCACUGUGACUUCAGAUGAUGUUUUGACAUACAUAUAUGUAAUGUAAAUUGCCUGUGUAUGGUUUAUCACAUAAUGCAGCAGAGAAUGGAGGAGUUCAUUUUUAAAUUGAUUUAAAGUUGGAUUUCAUCCCAUCUGAAAUAUUCCCAUUCCCAGUGUGAGACAGACAUUAUUAGAAUAGACUGACCUGCCAUACAAAGAUGUGGUUCCUGUGUGAAUGGAAAUCCUCUGUAAAUACUGAUAUGUGAGUUAUGAUUAUGACGUGUGAUAUUAAGCAUGGAUUAAGCGUCAAACAAGUUUACAAACUAUCUGAAGCUGUAUUGUAAAUAGCGUACCGUUUUAUUGUCUUUGCAAUGAGUGAUGUUAAAGCCAACUGCUAUGACAGCUCGCCCCCUGCUGUUCACUGGUGGCAAGAACAGGAUUAAGGAAUUUCUCAACAGAAUCCUGCUGAUACAUACAGUAUUACACUAUAACUGUUUUCAUAUCUUCAUCUUCUGACUUAAAAAAAAUUCUCUUGCUAUAACUCAUCUCAUUAUACUACAUUUAGUCAGGGACGUAAAACAGCAGUUGUUUGGAUUUAAAGGUUUUUAUAUAUGUUGACAUUAGUAUAGGACUUACAUAUUACUUCCCACGCUCUUAUUCUUUUACAUAUAUGAAUGAAGUACUACAGUCAAGAACUGCUGGUAUUUCUUACAGGAAGUAAUCAGGUCUAUUUUCAAUACAACACCUAUUUUAAAGUAAUUUAGUUAUGAGUAGAGCUCUAGAGUUGUAAAGAAAUAUCUUUAAAUUUAGUUUUAUUUUACUUACCAGUCCUGGUUUCUUCUUUUUAAUGGAAGAAAAAAGGCUACUGCAGAAAAUGGAUUAAGGUGUUUUAGGAGGAGAUGGGAUUAUGCAUUCAUUCAUAUAUCAAAGCCAUUACCAAGAAUGUUGAAUUCUUUACAUUUGCAUAGCAGAAUGGCAAACAAGUGUGCAACUAGCCUGACUAGCUUAAACUUGCUUUUUGCACCUGAUGCUGUGUUCAGAUUACAUGGGAAAGAUUAUCUUAAAGCAGCCAUAAUCAGUAACCUUGUAAUGAUAAUAUGGCAAAUGUUAUUAGUUGCUAUGUAAGAGGUGUCAAGGAGAGAUUCAUCGCCAGACUCUAGUUCGUCUCAGUAUUUUAGUGUCUUUCAGAUUUGGCCCCGGAUUGAACUAUUUUUUGACAGUGUUGUUUUGGGCUCUAGCAGACAGUCAUUUUCAGGAAGAAAAGCUGCCCAUUUACCACAAAGCAGCAACCAGACAAAGAUAGCAACAAGCUGGUGAACAGUGGGGACUUUUUUUUUUUUAAUCACCAAUAAGAUGGCUAUUUUGUGUUGGAGGCCAAAAACGAACCUGAAACAGCAGUGAAUAUCAUGUGAGACCUGCACUACAAAGCAAGUUCAGCAUACCCACAACAUCUUUUCACUAUCUGGCUUCACAAAACCUAACAACCACAGUCCGGUUAAGAGGUUAUAUAGAAUAUUGUCAAGUCAAUCCAAGAUUUCCGAGUCUAACUAUGAGCACAUUUACAUACAAAGUUUGUGUUGGCUCCAGACAACCAGACAUCAACUGGUCAAGAGCUGCAUAUUUCUCAUAAGAACAAACUAUAAUCUUAAACCAAUAAAAACACAAUGCAGACUUAAAGCAACACAGCUGCUGCAGACAAAGCAGGAAGGAAGGCUGGCAAAAAACUGCAGACACUGAAUCUGUAUUACCAGUAUCACUGAGACAUGAGUAGAUAUGAGUGUAUAUGUCGAUUAGAUGAAGGUUUCUUAUUUAGGAUUUAAGAUUUUUUGCAUCACAAGACUGUAUAAGAAAAUUACAUAUGUAAUCCCUUUAUGUUAAUCAAAAAAUUACAAAUAUACUUAAAGAAAUAAUCAAGCAAUGAAAACAAAACUAUUUUCUGUGUGCAGUACGGCAAAUCAAUUCAUCAAUCUUAAUUUGAAUCUCAUUCUUAUGGCAUGUAAAACUAUUUCAUGCUCAUUCUUUCAGCUGCAACCAUGACGAUGUUAAAGUGCUCUGGGAGCAAAUAAAGAACAAAUACAAAAACAUGAUUCAUACCAAGAGGUUGUCUUGCUAGCAUAUUAACAAGUACAAGGUUUUAGCGCGUUAUUCAGUCGGUUUGGUUAUAUCCCUAAACAAAGACACAGAACAAUAAAAUGUCUUUGAAAACUCCUCAGAGACCCUCUUGCUAUCUGUGUGCUGAGCUCCAAGGAAUUUUGCAAGAAUGAUGAUUCCAUUUUACAAAAAAAAAUUAGUUUGCUGAGUAGUGUUUAUAUUACGCAUUGAUCUGUUACCUUGAACAGCAUGUGUGCAGUAUAAGUUACCAUGGUGAUGUACCCCAACAAGAAGUAAACAACAGUCAUAGCCCUGAAAAGCCAGAGAUAAAACCUAAAUCUGCCUUGCUAACCUUAAACCCUGCUUUGUAGUACAGGCCUCCUGCGGUGAUAGGCACAACUUUGCAUGAAUGUUCCUCUGUGUCUGCUUGUAAAUGAGCAACUGUUCGCUAAAAUGUUCACCAGAUCAACUCAGGUUUGUUUCUGCCUCCCUAAGCAGCCAAAAAAGCAGUAACUUCAAGUUAACUAAAGCCAACAGUAAAUCAUGACAAUAAAACCCUAAUAAAAAUGAUUUUAUUUACAUUUCAGUUGUAUAAGAUCUACCAACUUUUUUCAAGCAAUGCUUUCCACUAGCAUUUGCAUUUAACAUCUCUCCUGUAUGACACCAAUGCAACAUUUUUGUAAAAGUCAGAAUUUAAACCACUUUCCUCAGACCCAGAAAGCAAACAUCUAGCUAUCUGCCAAAGGGGAUUUUUUUUUUUUCUGAUGUGCCCCUGAUGUGCCAGCUUCCACCUAAGGGCUACAUUUGCAUCAACGACGGCUUUCUGGCUGCUCUGCUCUGACCAUCCUCCCACCUCCCAAAGUAGAGGAGAACCCUGCCCUGAGGUUGACUUUGCUGUAUCCAGGAAUAGAUUUCAGGCCAAUGAGCAGACUCCAACAUCUAUCACGUAACCAGAGGAACCAAUAUUUUCUUCCCUUCUGAAAGUCGGAAUGAUUUGGGGUUACAUGUCUGCGGGCUAUGUUGAUGUCAAAAUGCCACUGAGGAAAUUGUGACUGGAGGGAGUAAAAGCUUUUAGUGAGGCGCUGAGAUUCACAGUGUUGCAAAGGUUUAGGAAGUCAGACAGUAUCAGGUAAAACUGGAUUACAUCUUUUCUUUUCCUCGCUAAAAAUACUUUUGAAAUAACACUUUGCGACAGAUACAAACAAAAGUCGCAUUGAAAAUAAGUGAUGUUGCAGUCAAUCCUGUCUAGAUGUGGUUUUGUAAGAGUGCUUGUAUGGCAUGACCCUUUACCCCACACUUACCCACCCAUGAAUGUGACAUAUUUUAGAAAUUUAACGUCAAGAUACGGUGCUGGGAAAAAGCAUGUCACUGCUGUUGUUUGCUAUUUAACUUAAAAAAAAAAAAAAAAAAAAAACAGCAGAGGAAAACAUGAAUUUAUUUACUCUAUAAACUAUGUAGAUAUAUUUAAUUACAUAUUUCUUUUGUAUAUUGCCCUCUGCGAUUUGUUCAGUAUAAGAGUUGAAUGGCUACUGAUAAUAUAUACAGUCUGUGGUCACGAUUUGCAGGUUAAAAAAAAAGGUUUGUCAUCUACAAAAACACCUCAAAACAAAACAAUGUGCUUACAGCUUGAAAUAUGUGCGAUGUGCUGCAGAUAAGCUUCAUAUUUCCUCAUGCUCUUCUUUUUGAAAUAUGUAAAUAACACAAUAAGCUGCUUCAAGAAAACGGCGUGAGAAUUUGUGACCUCACCCAGCCGCACACUGCCAGACCAUUUCAUCAUCGCCUCGCAAAAUAUGUCAAUGUUCAUGUUUUCCCUUUAACAAAAACGGAAACAAUUCUUUUAUGUUAAGACUUCACAAUGUUUACAUCUAGAACGCAGCUUCUUGAUGUUGUCAAGAAGUUGUGUAAAUUAGAGUUUAUACAGAAAAAAAUGUGAAGAUCAUUCUGCUUUCUACUUUCAUGGUCUAUUCAGUGUUCAUAUGUGUGUUUCUACAUGAAAACUUCUGCCAAGUCUUUAGUUGUGUGUACUUAUUUUAAAUUCCCCCAUCCGUCUAUGAUCUCGUCCCUUCUUGCCAGUGUAAAAGUUUUGUACGACUACAUGGUUUGUAUAUGAGAAAUGCAUUGUACCUGCAUAAUUUUGAAAACUUCAGAGUGUAAAACACAACAAACGCAAAUGUCUCCUUUUUUGGUCAUUUAUAAAAACAAAAUAAAUUAACUGUGAUGACUACGA